AUGAAGGCAGUGUCAUGUUACCCCGGAAGUCAUAAUUCAGCUCAAAUCACGCAGAACAUUAUGUGUGCUUGCUCGUUCGAUAUGUUGUUCACAUUUGUAUAUACGGGAUGGGAAGGAACUUCCAAUGAUGCAAGAGUACUCAUGGAUGCCAUAUCGAACGAAGAAAACAAAUUCCCAAUGCCCAGAGAAGGAAAGUAUUAUGUUGUUGACUCCGCUUACACAAACAUGCCUGGGUUUUUGACACCUUAUCGUGGAGAACGGUAUCACUUGCGUGAUUUUAGGGGAAGAAGUCGACAAGCAAAGGGUGCUAUGGAAUUAUUCAAUCAUAGGCACUCCUCUUUACGUAAUGUUAUUGAACGUUUUUUUGGAGUGUGGAAAAGUAGGUUUCCAAUAUUGAAAUGCAUGCCAAAUUAUCCACUUCGCAGACAAAGACUCAUUCCCGUUGCAUGUUGUACUUUACACAACUUCAUUCGCUUAAAUUCAAGGAAUGGCGAACUGUUUCGUCAAUUCAUGGCAGAAGAUCUUCUAGUGGCAGAUGAAGAAAGUUCAAGUACUGGUCAAGAAAGCACAACAAUUGACAUUGAUGUUAGCACAACGAAUAUUGAGCUGAUGAAUAAUGUUAGAUAUGACAUAGCAGGGACAAUGUGGAUUUAUCAUCAACGCCGACAUCACCACCAACGCCUUUAG